AUGACGUCCGCAUCCUCGAUUGCACGCGUCUCACGCUUGCAGGAUGACAGACCAGCUUUCAUCUACGGGACAGCGUGGAAGAAGGACCAGACCAAGAGGCUGGUAAAAGAAGCGCUUGUGCAAGGUUUCAGACGCGUUGAUACGGCGGCUCAGCCUAGGCAUUAUCAGGAGGCACUGGUUGGCGAGGCGCUUCGCGAGGCAUACAAAGAGGGUAUUGUCGCAAGGCAAGAUGUCUAUGUUCAGACGAAAUACACCACUCCAGCUGGCCAAGACAUCAAUAACAUGCCAUAUGAUCCAGCAGCUCCUCUGGCAGCUCAAUUGCAUACCUCUGUAGCUUCCUCACUGAAGAACUUGCGACCUCAAGCUGAACAAGAGGGCGACUCCUACAUUGACUGCCUACUACUUCACUCACCGCUACCUACUAUAGAGCAGACCUUGCAAGCCUGGGACGUCCUGGAAACGUAUGUACCUGACAAAAUCCGCACUCUCGGAAUCUCAAAUGUCACCUUACCCGUCCUUCAAGCCAUCUAUGAGGAUUCUGCCAUCAAGCCUUCUGUUGUACAGAACCGUUUCUAUCCUCAAACUAGAUACGAUGUGCCACUUCGAGCGUUUUGUACGGAACAUGGCAUUACAUACCAGUCUUUCUGGACUUUGACGGGCAAUCCUGCGUUGCUGAAGUCGCAACCUGUACAAGUCCUUGCUCAAGCAACAGAAGUCAGCCCUGCGAUAGCGCUCUAUGCCCUGAUCAUGGAUCUUGGGGUCAUGGUAUUAAAUGGUACCACAUCAGAUAACCAUAUGCAAGAAGACCUAGAUGGUAUUCGGCAGGUGCGCAACUGGGUGACGUCCAAUUCCCAUGAUUGGACUAAAAUUAGUUCCGAGUUUGACUCGUUGGUCAAAUCUUUGCACACAUAA